CCCAUGUCAGUUGCUGGCUUAAUUCAACUUUUAUUGGAAUCAAUGUGGUAUUUAUGUGCCUUAGCUAAGUUAGAGAGACUCGGAUGCCAGCCAACUUCACAGAAAUGUUAUAUUCAGAAUUACCAACCUGUAAUGGGAAACAUUGAAGUACUUUAAUCACAAUGAAAUAAAAAAUUUCAAUACAAUUUAUGAAGGUUGCCAAACUAGGAGGAAGUGUGCAACUACUUUGACCACUUAAAUCAGAGUUCAUGUUCUGCACAUGUGAGAAAUACUAAAUGGGAAAGUUUGUAUUUCCACUACAAAUUGAUAAAACAUACUAUUCCAUGCAUCAAGGAUCCUGGCUGUUACAUCAACAUGGCCUACCUAGCUUGAGAAUGACCAAAUUUCUCUAUCCUAACUAUGUAACUAAAGAGAUCGAGAUGGGAUCCGUUAAAGGUGAGGUUGGUCUAGGAAGGGUUUGCCAACUUUUCAAAGAUAUUGGUUGUUUUCCCUUAGUAACCUAUAAAGCCAAGAAAAAGAUAAUUUUUAUCAUGCACUGAAGUUAUUGAUUGGAUGAUCAAGAUUGCAUUGGCCAAGGAAUCUCUGUUGACUUAUGAGACAAAAUGGAGUACGUCCAUUGGCCCUAAAAAUUAUCAUUCAUGAUGGCAUCUCAAUGGAUCUUAAUCUUAUAAAACCAACAUUGGUGGUUAUCUUGUUUCAUCUAAAAAUUCCAUCAUCUCCUUAUGUUCUUGUGAACCCCUGUAGUUUUUCCAUGAAAGUGGAAUACAUAAAGCAUGAUUGAUGAAACUUAUAUGUUUUCGGAUUAGCUGCCAAAGGGUGUGAAGGGAACCUGAGGACUGGCUACUGAGAACACUGCAUGAAUGAGUAAAUCCAUUGAUUUCUGUGCAUUUUCCCAGAGUUUGGUAUUACUUCAUGUGAAGUGGUUCAAACCCAUUCAUGGGAGCGACACAAUGAAUUGCUGGUAACUAGGUUUGUCUGGCUUGCACUGUGGAAUAGUUCAAUUAUGGGGGAUUUCACAAAUUUACAUGCCUAUUCUAUGCUAGUCAUGUUUAGGAAACUUGAUUUAAUUUACAUGUGGGUCGGGCUGACCCUUGACCCUCGAUACGAAUAAAGAGAUCUCCCACUCAUAAAGUGAUAACCAAAACAAAAUUAAUCACGACAAUCGUGUAAAAAGGGCAAUUCUUUGAUUCUUCUUUGGACAAAAUAUAAGCUACCUGCUGCAUUCUCUUGUAAAUAUUGAUUGACUGUGCCAGGGUAGGAAAAACCAAAAUAAUGUAUGUAUAUAACUUGAACAUUUUUUGAAUCCAAUUUCUAAGGAUUGUGGCAUUUUGUAUCCUGCAUCAAUUGGGUCCUCCAAUCAGAUCCAAAAGUUUGCCCAGCGGUCAGCAGCUCCUUUUGGACACAUGCACUAUCCAGUGACAAGGAUGUAAGGCAGAUCUUGGGUUUUAUCAUUGAACAGCCUUGUGUCCUAUUCCUUAUGGAUUAUUUAUCCUGUUCUCCACAGAAAUAAUCUAUUUCCAACUCUAUAGCCCAUCAUUGUUAAUGAUCUGGAGUUGGCACUUUCUUGUUGUCUACAAUCAGUACCAACAGUUCCACCCACCAGUUGAUACGAUUAAUGCCAAAUGAGGGGGACGUGUCAGCUGCCUUCUAGCCCUUGAACUAUAUGAUUGUAGUGUAUGCUUUGGCUGUAAAAAAUGCACCUGGCCCACCCUUUCAGAUCCUCCAACCUUGGGAUUGUUAUAUUCUGAUCCAGACAGCACUAUGCACUUCAUAACCUCCGUCUUGCCAGGUUUCUUCUAAAAAGACACUGGACUGCCUUCAGUUCCUUCAAGGCUUCUCUUUCUCAAACACAAGUCCUCAUCACCGCCCAAAAACCCUCAAGAAGCAAACCCCACCCAAAUCAAAAGCAUGGAUUCCCAGUUCACCAGCAGAGCCACCGGAAAUGCCUUCCCUGGCCGAGUGGACAUCGAUCAGAUGCCUGAAAUUCCGCAGCGUGGUUCCCAUCACCGACGGGCCCAGUCCGAGACCGUCUUCCGAUUUAACAACGACAUCCUUUUCGAUGCUGAUGUCGACUUCAACCUUUCUGCCCCCGACAUCCCAUCUCUCUCCGAAGAUAACAACAACAACAGCAACGGUGGCGUCCCCAUGACCAUCGAUUCCGCCAAAUCCGAUGAUUCUACCGGUGAAAAGGGCAAGCCCAAGUUGGCUGGUGGGUCCCAUUUCCGGAGCCUCUCCGUCGUUGCUGAUUUCUUCGAGGGUUUAGGGUUUCAACCGUCGCCGGUCGGUGGUGGUAGCGGUGGAGCUGAAUUUGAGAAGUUUGGCGGGAAAAGUGGAGUCCCUGAGAAGAGGAUGCAUAGGCAUAGCAGUUCCAUGGAUGGUUCGUCUUCUUCCUUCGAGGUUGAGUCAGCUGAGAGUAUUAAGAAAUCCAUGGGACCUGGUAAGCUUGCGGGGUUGGCCUUGAUUGACCCUAAGAGAGCCAAACGGAUUCUUGCAAACCGGAAAUCUGCAGCACAGUCGAAGGAGAGGAAGAUUCGAUAUACUGGUGAACUGGAGAGGAAGGUGCAGACACUUCAGACUGAGGCAACCACCCUCUCAGCACAAGUCACAAUGCUGCAGAGAGACACAACUGGUUUGACUACCGAGAACAAAGAACUCAAAAUGAGGUUGCAGGCUAUGGAGCAACAAGCACAGCUACGAGAUGCUCUGAAUGAGACCUUGAGGGAUGAAGUACAGUGGCUUCGGAUGGCUACCGGACAAUUACCAAUUGUCAAUGGUAACUCCUUCAACCGAGGAUUGCCUACCCAGUUUUUCCCUGGAUCCCAGGCUCUGAGCCAUUUUGGCAAUCAUCAGACCCACCGGCAGCUCCACACUCAGACAUCUCCCAAUGGUCAGCCCCAAGAGGAUUUCCAGCAGGGGAGCUAAUUGCAUCCUUGGCCCAAUAAAUUUGGUGCCAAAGUGUCCUUUUUAUGACAAAUUGGUAAUCAUAAGUAAGAAGCUAAAUUAUUGUAGGUUGGUUUUGUAUAUAGACUGUAUAUUAGUAUAUGUAUAUGUUUAUGUGGUGCAGGUAGGGUUGUGAAGAGUGUCUUAACUUGGAUCAGUCCCUUGCAUCUUUUUUACAUAUAGGUAUGCUUUCCUUAGAAUCCGAAUGAUGUAGCAGAUCGAUUAGCUUCUGAUGGACUAUGUGGAUGGUGGAUGG